AAAAAAAUUAGAUUUGUGUUUAAAUUACAGUAACACAAAUAUGUUGAGCAUGGUUGAGAGAGAAAGGAGGAAAUCUGAAUGAGGAGAGACAUAUCGUUAAGGUGUGUUGUGUUGUGUUGUAUGAGGGGCUGUGAAAAUGGCGCCAGUAUCAGCUCUUGCAAAGUACAAACUGGUGUUUUUGGGUGACCAGUCUGUGGGAAAAACCAGCAUCAUCACACGUUUCAUGUAUGACAAAUUUGACAACACUUAUCAGGCCACGAUUGGUAUUGAUUUUUUAUCAAAAACUAUGUAUCUUGAAGAUCGAACUGUUCGACUGCAGCUGUGGGAUACAGCUGGUCAAGAAAGAUUUAGAAGUCUUAUUCCAAGCUACAUUCGGGACUCAUCUGUUGCUGUCAUUGCUUAUGAUGUUGCAAGCCGUCAGACAUUCCUAAACACAUCAAAGUGGAUUGAAGAGGUUCGCAGUGAGAGAGGCAAUGAUGUUAUUAUUGUACUUGUUGGGAACAAAACUGAUCUUGUGGAUAAGAGGCAAGUCUCUACAGAGGAAGGGGAAGCCAAGUCUCGUGAACUAAACGUGAUGUUUAUUGAAGCUAGUGCCAAAGCUGGUUUUAAUAUAAAGGCCCUGUUCAGAAAAAUUGCUGCUGCAUUGCCUGGAAUGGAAACACUAUCUUCCACAAAACAAGAUGACAUGGUUGACGUGAACCUGAGAUCUUCUGGUGGCCAUGACUCUCAACCUGAUUCAGGGGGAUGUGCUUGCUGAAUGUGCCUAAUCUUGAAGUUCUGUAACUUUUUGCUCUGUUCUACUUCUUUUCAAAUGUAAAGGUUCAUUUGUGUUUUAGACUUUUUACACCAUUUUAUAACAGAAACUACAGAUGACAGAUAGAACAACUAAUACUGUUACACUUGGUUGUUUAGUUGUUGGCUAUUCAUUGUUACUUUA